GCUUAAUUACCUCAUUUACAGGCAUCAUCUAGCUGUUAUAUAUAUAUUUUACAACUGAAGACUAAGCGACGUUUUGCCCAAUACUACAAUGCCAUCGACUACAAGGAAUCCUCAGGCGCCAUCUAGUCAAAGAAGGAAAUCAAAGUUGGUCGCUAAAACUCUUAUGAAUAAUGAAGAAUUGGAUGCUUUGGAUGAAAUUGUCAAUUUUUCUACGAAAUCUUUAAAAAAGAAUAUGUCAGAUAAAGAAAAAAAGAAGAGGAGCAGUUCUAAUACCAAGAACCCUAAUGACUUGAAUAUAGAUCCCAAAUUCAUGCACCGUCUUAUACCAUUAAAUAUUAUUAGUACACGUGAUAAAAAAGAAAAUGAACAUCUUUUUUCGCUCGAAAUAACUUCUUCAACUUCUGAGGUCACAAUAGUAAACCCGGGUGACAAUGUUAUUAUUGCAGGACGGUAUGGUGUGCAAAAUUAUUUUGGUAAAGUUAUAAAUUUUUUCAAAAAUCAAUUCAGCGAUGAAAUCAAUGCCAGUAUCAAAUGGUUUUACACAGCGCAGGAAAUCCCAAAAAAACUUCUCCCAGAUGAUACACAUACUAAAGAAGUAUUCAUCAGCUCUUCCAGAAAUGCAGAAAACAUUGACGCAGAAACAAUUUUGGGAAAAUGUAUUAUAAAGUGGAUGAAUGAUGUUCCUUCAAAUGAAUCGAAUCCUAAAAAGUGUGAUUAUUUUUACAGAAAAUCGUUUGAUGGGAAAUCUAUAAAAGAUGUUUUAUGUGAAGGUGUUGAGCAAGAUGCGGUCAAUCCGAGUAAUGGAAUUCUAUCCCCAAAACGUCUACGUCGCACGCCCUCCAAAUUCCAAAAUUUCAAUAGUGAAAAUUUACCUAAUGGCUUGCCUAAACCUACACUUUCUACUCCUACAAAACGGUCUAAAAAAGGAAAAGUUUCUAAAAAGUUGCAAGAUAAGGCCAAAAAACCUCAAAUUUCUGUUAAGAAACAUAAGGCUGUGAAACUUCCAGAAGGCCCAAUAUUAUCACCAGAACAGCAAAUUGAGGGAAAAGUUUUAACUUCUCCUGUAUCUGCCUCUGGUUUUGGGAGAGUUGAAGCUUCAGCAGUUGCUCUCAAUAUUUUAAGUGCGGAUGAAAACUAUGAUGAUUUUGAUGAUACCAUGUCAAAUUCAAGCAAAAGCUCAACUUUAAGUAAAGUUUCUGAAAAAAGCGAAAUCAAGCAUAAGAAAAAAGUUUUACCAAAGUUAAAAGCAAAACCUAAUAUUUCUGUUGUCUCUGAACAACAAGAGAAACAGCAGGAAAAUGGAAUAAGAAAAAAUAAACUUGUAUUAUGUAUUCCAAGAGCCAGAUUAAAAAAUAACAGUGUUGAAUCUUUAAUAAAUGAUGAUCGUAAAACCAGAUCUUCACCAAGGAGAAAAUCUGUAUCAAAACCAGUUAUACGUGAUGUGAGCUCAUCUGAGAGUGACAGUGAUAGUGACUCUGAUUUUGCCGGCGACAAGGAAACUGUUAGCUCUAGCAGUGAUGAGUCUUACACUCAACCAUCUUCAAUUCGUAAAAGUUCUAGGGGUUCAUCAGCUGUGAAAUCUCUGAAACGUGUGCAAAUAUCUGAUGGCAAAACCACUGUGACACCGAUACGCAUUAAAAUGCCAAGGAAUAAACUUCCUUUCAUACCUGCAAGACCGACACCUAAAAGGAAAUUAAAAGGAAACAUGGAAAAAUCAAGAGAACGACUUCAUGUAUCAGCUGUACCUGAAUGCCUACCAUGCAGGGAGAAUGAGUUUCGAGAGAUAUUUUCAUUUGUGGAAGGAAAGAUUCGCUCUGGUGGUGGAGGUUGUAUGUACGUUUCUGGAGUACCAGGUACAGGAAAAACAGCAACAGUACGAGAGGUUAUGAUUGAGCUUCAACAAGCUGCCGAUGAAGGUUCAAUACCUGAUUUUACUUAUAUUGAUAUUAAUGGAAUGCGACUCACUGAGCCGAGACAAGCUUAUGUUCAAUUAUUAUGGCAGCUGACUGGGAAGAAAGCUACAGCAGAUCAUGCAGCGAAUCUUUUAACCAAACUAUUUUCACAACGUCAACGAACAUCAACUGUGGUAUUGGCUGACGAAUUGGAUUUAUUGUGGACAAAGAAGCAGGAUGUAUUGUAUCAUUUAUUUGAUUGGCCGACGCAUCGUCAUGCUCAACUUAUCGUUGUUGCGAUUGCGAAUACUAUGGACUUACCUGAAAGAAUAUUAAUGAACAGGGUUGCUAGUCGUCUAGGUUUAACUCGAUUAACCUUUCGGCCUUACACUUUUAAGCAACUACAAGAAAUUGUCAUCUCAAGAUUAGAUGGUUUAGACACAUUUGAAGCAGAUGCAAUUCAAUUGGCAUCACGUAAAGUUGCCGCUGUGUCUGGUGAUGCGAGAAGAUGUCUCGAUAUCUGCAGGAGAGCAACAGAAAUAGUAGAGCGAGAGAGUGGAAAAAUUGUGGGAAUUGAGCAUGUGCAUGCUGCUUUACAAGAAAUGUUUGCAACACCGAUGAUCCAAGCAAUACGAUCAUGCUCUAAACAAGAGCAAUUGUUUUUACAUGCAGUCGUUGCAGAAUUUCGACGCUCUGGCAUGGAGGAAGCAACAUUAGGAAGAAUUAUUGAACAACACACUGCAAUUUCACAGCUGGAAGGGGCAGCACCAAUAACUGUAUCUGUAGUUGUGCAAAUUUCUCAACGUCUUGCCAGUAACAGAUUGAUUUUACUAGAAGGAGGGCAAAGGGAUUUGUUUUCUCGUGUCAGAUUGAACGUCAGUGUUGAUGAUGUAUUAUUUUCUCUUAAACAGUAAUGACUUUCAAUAAACUUGUAACUUGUGGUGAACUGUGUUUCUACUUUUUCUUUAGUUUAGUUUCACAUGUGAUAGAAAUUAUUUUAAAUGGGGAAAAAGCCUCGGCAAGAGCCAGUGAUCAAUGCAUCAGGUUAUGUCUAUUUAUAGUUUUCAUUUUUGGGCCCAGUUUGUCAAUAAGUUGAACGAAAAUUUUGGCAUAAUUUCAUGCCGAAUAUUUAACAAUUAUACAUGUAGAGGUCAAAUAUUUCAAUUCAAAAUUUGCAAUUCUUAUUUUUCACUUUUUGUCAUUUUUUUUUUGCUUUAGGUUCUAACACCAUUCUCUGGUGCUUUCGAUAAAUAUCAACAGUUCGCAAUCAUACUUUCUAAUGCAUUUUCAGUGAUAAACAAUAAUAAUACUGUGUUUUGUUGUCAUAAACUAUCAUAAAAUUUCUAUCUUGGCAGUACACAAUCAUAUUUUUCUAAUGCAUUUUCA